GUAUGUAUUAAGACAACUUGGCUUUAUCAUAAUGGUCGAGUGGGCCCCGUUGAGGAUUCCGAUCAAAAGACGAAUCCAGACUCUGGUGGUGAUGAUUCAAGUGUACAUGUUUCUAUUUGGUCAUAUAUUUGGGACCGUUUUACUUGUGGUUCUUCUAUUUAUUCCUUAUACCACUUUUGUUGCUGUUGUUUACGUUGGUUGGGCAUUCAUCUUAAAUGUUCGGACCCCAAGUCGCGGAGGACGCACAAUAAAAGUUGCUCGAAGGUGGAAAAUGUGGAAAUAUUUCUGCGAAUACUUCCCCAUCAGGUUGGUUAAAACUGCGGAUCUAGACCCUGAAGGAAACUACAUAUUUGGUUAUCACCCUCACGGAAUUAUUGGUCUCGGUGCACUUGGUAAUUUCUGCGGAGAAGCAACAGGCUUCUCAGUAAAUUUUCCAGGGAUCCAUCCACAUCUAUUGACGCUCUCGGUGAAUUUUAGGUUCCCUUUUAGCAGAGACUAUUGCAUGGCUUUUGGUGUUUGUUCAGUUGAUAAAGACAGUAUAGAGUACAUUCUGCAAAAGAUGGGCCCAGGUCAUUCAGUCGCCAUUGUAGUAGGAGGUGCAGCGGAAUCAUUAGAGGCAAGGCCCGGAAACUUUACGCUAACGCUGAAACACAGGAAAGGUUUCGUGAAGCUGGCCUUACGUUCAGGGUACGUAUUCGUUUUUAAUUCUGGCCAGAAGAAGUGUUCUUAUGUAAAAUUAGUACUUGGAUAACUGAUAUCUGUGUGAUCUUUGCCAACCACAUAGUGUUCAAUAACUGAGGGGUUUGAACGUGCAUAUGAAAUCUUAGCGAAGUGUUGUUUUUUUGGAGUGAACAAGUAAUAAUGUCCAUAUCGUUAGACAUUGAAUGUUGCUAGCACCAAUCAAAUUACAGUAUGUUCAUUUCACUAAUCAAAUCACAGCAGGUGGGUUUGUUGCUUACACCAAUCAGAUUAUGGCGUUAAGGUUGGAUGCAUUCCGCAUGAGUACAAACUAAUUUCAUUCAAGGUUUGUUGACAAAGUUUUAAAAUUGGGUUGUUAAUCAACAUGCUGAAAUGUUUGUGGUUUGUCUGUUUGUUGCAUGUUCAAAAGUCAAGUACAGAGUGUUUUUUUUCUUUUCCAAUUUGCUUUGGGGUCACUCAUUUGGCAAAGGUUGAAAAGAUUGGUAUUUUAUAGUUAACUGUAUUUCUGUUUUUACUACCCUAUUCAUUAGCCAUUUCUUUUCUUUUGGAAGUUCUGUAAGUUUUAUUCUUGUGUUCAAAUUGUAUUUUUCCACCACCUUGCUGUUGUUAUUGGCUCUUUUGGUUAUUUUUCCCUUUAUCAAAUUAUUCUCUGCAGCAAACUAAGUUUAUCUCAUUUCUCCACCCCGCUAUUUAAGCAUUUCCCAAGCAAUCUUAAUGUACUUAAUAUAUUUAUUUACAAAAAUUUGCUUCAGCUAACUCAGAGUUUGGAUUAGCAUGUUUCUGUUCUUUGCAAUCAACAUUCAGUUCAUCAAGGAAUUUAACCACAGAGUGCAAAGCUAGAUAGACAAUAGUCCAUCACUGAGCACACAUCCUUAUACCCACAAUGCACCACACAAAGUAGUCUGUGUCACAGGCCUUAUGGUUUGGGGACAAUAAACCUUCCCUAGCGGCCAAUUCACUGUUCCUAGCUCUCUACGGGGCUUCUUUUGCCCAAUAUUUUCCCUCCUGAAAUGCCUGAAAUGUGUAAAGAAAGUAAUCCUAAUAAUGGCACUUCUGUUCAUGAAACUCACACAUAAUUUUCAUCAAUCAUUUUAAUUAUAACUUAAAUUUAAACAAUAUUUUCAUGAUGCUACAGUCAAAGGGAACUUUUUGUUUCAUCUUGGCAUUUCAGAGCAUCUCUAGUGCCUGUAUUUUCCUUUGGUGAAAACAACCUCUAUGAUCAAGUGAGUAACCCCCCUGGAUCUGCUUUGCGUCAGUGGCAAACUAAGAUGAAAGAUCUGAUGGGUUUUGCACCUCCACUUUUUCAUGGUCGAGGGGUAUUUCAGUACACUUUUGGAUUACUUCCUCACAGACAACCCAUUCACACUGUCUGUAAGUAAAUAAUAAGACAGAUCAUCAAAUAGUUAACAUACUAACCUUAUUUCACUGGAUAUCUCAAUAACAUAUUCUAUUAAUGCAAAUUUUUUUGAUACAUUCACAUUAGUGUUCAGUUUGUUUAUAUUCUACAGCUUUGUUAUUGCAUUCUCUGUUUUUGUGCAUUCAUGGUGACUAAAAAAUUUUGAUACUUAGUCUGCAGACUUGAUAUUGAAUGCUGACUGCAGAAAAUUGUUAAAGAUCCCAUGAUUUCAUAAUUAAAUAGAAGCAUGUCAUAAAUCAAGUCAUGAUGCUAUUAUCCCACUGUAGAGUUUGCUGUCAGUACUGACUUUAUGUAUUACUGGUAUUUCAUUUUUUUAGUUGGUGCACCGAUCAAAGUAAAAAAAACUCAAAGUCCUUCACCAGAAGAGAUAGAUAAAAUUCACCAACAGUACAUAACAGCAUUAGAGGAGCUCUUUGAAAAACACAAGAAAAACUAUGGCAUCUGUGAAAACAAACAUUUGCAAAUUUGCUGAGUCAAGUUUUUCAUCAUUAUACUCAAUGACUAUGUUUUAAAAGUUAGUAAAUUUUGAGGUCUACAGUUUUAUAAGUGUAAAAAUCAAUGAAGUACAUUAGUCAUUCUAUAUUCCUAGUCACAUAAAAUCUUUUUCAUAUAUAGUAAAUCUUUUCAUGACCAAACUGGGUCAGUCAAGAUGGUUGGAUGUCAGUGUCAUUCCCUUUUUUUCCUUUCUAAGGACCUUCUCUUCAUCUGGGUUAAAAAAACAACUAAUAUACAGUCAUCUUGACUUUACGUGUGGUCAAUAACGCAUGUAUAUUGUUCAAUUUGUUUCACUAUUAUGUGUGAACAGUAAGUUUGCUUAGGUGUUUUGGAAGUAUUGCCUUUUGAAGCAGGCUAUUUUAACUUCUAGACAUUGUGAGUUUAAUGUGAAAUGAUUUGUCAAGUAGACAUAGGACAUUAGGAGCUCCACUUACAGGGCAAUAAAAUACCUCCUCAACAAAGUCAUUGUCGUGAAGUAAGUCAAACUUAUUUGUAUUAGUUAAAGGACUUUCUUUAGUCUUCAUUAGAUGUGUGGUUGCUGUGUUGCUGAACAUGCAUUGAGAUUACCCAGAAAUAAUGAAUGUGGCUAAGUGAGCAAAAUAUGUUAUAUAAAUUUACAACACUCUUACCUGCAUCUCUCUACAUAUACUGAAAAGUAUGUUAAUUCUAUUUUCUUACUUGAAAAACAGGAAGCAAUAUGUGAGGUUAAAGAUUUAACAGUUUAAUUUAUUGCUAAUAGUUUAUUGUGAAAUAAGGAGACAAUGCCAAGUUCUGAAAAUGUUGUAAUGAGUUGUAAGAAAAGCUGUAAUACUUUCACUACAUUUACAAUUAUUUAUUGUGGAAAUAAAAG